AUGGACGACGACGACAACGACGUUGUUGGAAUUGAACAGGUCGGAGUUGAAGAGAUGAAAAACGUCGUCGGAGUUGAAAAGAUGAUCCUCGCUGGACAAGAUUACGAUUCGGACAGUAUCGAAGAUGAAGAAUUUUUAACGACAUUGUUAGAAGCGGAGACUUUUAACGACGAAGAAGAAAAGACGGCGGAGGAAGAAACAUUUUUAGAAGCUGGUGAAUUUAGAAGUGAUCUCAAUUUGGUCGAUGAGACGUCGGUACCGAUAGAUGAACAGUUUCAACAACAACAACAACAAUACGACGAUGAUGAUGAUUCUUCGGAAGAAUCUGAAGAUGAAGAGAACACUAACAAUGUAUUAGGAACCGAAGAGAAUGAAAAAGUUUGUGUCAAUGGGUGGUGA